GGAUCCCAUGGAGUGUCCUCAGGAGCUACUCCUCCGCCAGCACCAAGGAGAAGGCGAAGAGAAAUGGCAUAUGUGAGAGGACAGCGCUGCUGGAAGUGCUCAAAGCUCGGGCGAAGCAGCUCGAAGGCAGGAACGUCCCAGAGGUGACAGUCAGCAAGGUGGAGCUGGCCCCGCUGGGCACCAGCAAGCACCAGGACCCACAGCAGAAGGCUGUGGCCCCCAGCCCUGCUGAGGAGCAGCCUCUGGCACGGGCACGGGGCAAUGGCACAGUCCGGCACAGCCGCUGGCUCGAGAAGCUGGAGAAGGAGAUGCGUAUGAGGGAGCUGAAGGUGGAGAAGAAAUUAUCCACUGCUGCCUCCAGCCUGGCUCUGGAGAGCCAGGGCCAGGCCAAGCCAAAGGCAAAGCUAAAGGCUGAGUCAAAUGCUGAGGCAAAGACUAAACCAAAGGUCAAAGUAAAGGCUGAAACGAAACCCAAAGUAAAACCUGAGAAGAGCCUGAAGACCCCCAAGGCCCCAAAGGUGAAAGCAACACCUGCCUGGGGCCUCCACAGCAGGCCCAGGGCUGCAGCAGGGGAAGAGGGAGUGAGGGUGCCACGGUCUCGGAGGGUGCUGGAGGACAAGGACAGCAGCUACCGCAAGGUGCUGCAGCAGACCAUCCAGUCCAGCCUGGAGUGCUUCAUGUUCAUGCAGCAGCCCGAGGAGGCCGAGCGGCUCCUCCUGCAGUACCAGAACUCCCAAACCAAGCGGGGCCUGCUGGAUGUCGGUGCCUACAACAUCGUGAUGCGCAGCUGGGCCAAGAAGGGUGAGUUGCUGCGCAUCAGCAGGUUGUUCUCCAUGCUGAUGUCCAUUGGCCUCCAGCCCAGCCUGGAGUCCUACGGGGCAGCACUGGAGUGCAUGGGCCGGAACCAGGCGUCCCACAACGACAUCUGCAGGUACCUGCAGUGGCUGAAGAGUGAUGGCUUCCAUGUGGAUGAGCUCUUCCAAAAGUGCUCCUUUGAGGAAGAUGAGAAGGAGGAGGUGCUGAGGGCCAUCAGGAUUGUCCAGCCCAACUACCAGCUGCCUUCUCCACCCAACCCCCAGACCUGCAAGACUUCGCUGCUCAAGGACUUCUACUCCAAAAAGAAGGCAGUGUCAUACCCCAAACUGGAUUUCUCUCUGGAAGAGUUGCGAGAACGUUUCCAGCAGCAGCUGGAGAUGGAGCUGAACAACACCAUAACCAUCGAGUCAGUGGAGGCAGCCAAACCCCUGACGCCGCAGGCCGUCCGUGCGCGUGAGCUGCUGAGCACCCUCCGCUCCCAGUGGCAUGACACCAUCCUCCAGGCCCUGCAGAAGUCCAAGCACAGCAUGGCCAAGCGCAAGAGAAUGUCGAGGCACAACAGCAUCUACCCUUACCUGUGCCUGCUGCCAGAUGAGGAGUAUGUGGACAUCAUGCUGCAGGUCCUCAGUGCCCUCUCUCCACAAGGAGAGUCCCUGGCUGUCCUGGCCAGGGAGCUGAGCAACAAAGUCUACAACAAGUACGUCAUCCAGAGGAAGCUGCGCAGCCGCCACCUGGAGAAAGUGCAGGCAGUCUAUGAGAACUACAUUCACCUGCUGGCCAAGGACAGCCAGCCUGAGCCAUACUUGCCACGGGAAUACUGGGAGAAGCUGGUGGCAGAAGCAGGCUUUGGGCCAUCCCUGACCUCGAGGGACGGCAGCUGGCCCUACGUGCUCCUCAUGCGCCUGGGCAUGCACAUGCUGGAGCUUGUGGUGAAGUCUGUCAAGGUGCCCAGGAACAUUCUCAAUCCUCGCCUGGAGCCCAAACCUGUCCCCGUCCUCUACCACAUCUACUCCUUUCACAGCACCUGGCAGGUUGGGCUGAUAAAGCCCCAUCCCAUCCUCUCCCAGAUCCUGUCGGACGCUGCAGAGACCACGCUGACCUUCAACUCCUCGGCCAUGCCUAUGCUGUGCCCCCCAGUGCCCUGGACCUCCCCCCACUUCGGUGCCUUUGUCCUGAACGACACCAAGCUGAUGCGCUUCGUGGAGGGAGCCGUGCAGCACCAGCUGCUGCUGGACCAGUGUCCACUUGUCAACCUCCACCCCAUACUGGAUGCCCUGACCCAGCUGGGGAACUGCGCCUGGAAGAUCAACCAGCCAGUGCUGGAUAUCAUCAUCUCCAUUUUCAAUGACAAAGGCAGUGAGAAGUUGGACAUCCCCCCGCCCCUCUCCGAGGCCCCCAAACCUCCCAGUGCUCCUGGCCAUUCCUCCACCUGGAGCAAGACCCUGAAGCACGAGAUGCUGCUGUGCAAGAAGAAGACUGCAGAGAUGCACAGCCUGCGCAUGGACGCGCUCUACAAACUCUCUAUCGCCAACUACGUGCGGGACAAGGUGUUCUGGUUCCCUCACAACAUGGACUUCCGCGGCAGGACUUACCCCUGCCCACCCUACUUCAACCACCUGGGCAGCGACGCCACCCGUGCCAUCCUGCUGUUCGCAGAGGGGAGGCCACUGGGGCCCAAGGGCCUCGACUGGCUGAAGAUUCACCUCAUCAACCUGACGGGGCUGAAGAAGAAGAACGACCUGCAGGAGCGGCUGGAGUACGCCAACGAGAUCAUGGAGGAGAUCCUGGACUCGGCCGACCGCCCGCUCACGGGCAGGAAGUGGUGGAUGGACACCGAUGAGCCCUGGCAAGUCUUGGCAUGCUGCAUGGAAAUUGCCAAAGCCUCGAGGUCCCCAGAUCCAGCAGCCUACAUCUCCCACUUCCCAGUUCACCAGGACGGAUCCUGCAAUGGGCUGCAGCACUACGCCGCACUCGGCCGCGACCUCAUCGGCGCCGUCUCCGUCAACCUGAUGCCCUCCAGUGUCCCCCAGGAUGUCUACAGUGCCGUGGCACAGCAGGUGGAGGAGUUUCGGCAGAAGGACGCGGAGCGGGGGCUGAAGAUCGCGCAGGUGCUGCAAGGCUUCAUCAGCCGCAAGGUGGUGAAGCAGACGGUGAUGACAGUGGUGUAUGGCGUCAUCGAGAAACGCCUCAAGGAGAUCGACGACUUCCCCGAGGAAUGUUUGUGGGAAGCGUCUCACUACCUGGUGAAGCAGGUGUUCAACAGCAUCAAGGAGAUGUUCUCAGCGACUCGAGAUAUCCAGAACUGGCUGACGGAGAGUGCCAAGCUCAUCUCGCGGUCGGGGCAGACAGUGGAGUGGGUCACACCACUGGGGCUCCCCAUUGUGCAGCCCUACUUUCGCUCCAGGUCCACUGUGCUGAAUUGUGGCAUGCAGAACUUGAGUGUGAAAAGCUCCACCAUCAACCAGAAGCCUGACACCGUGAAGCAGAAGAAUGCCUUCCCCCCCAACUUCAUCCACUCCUUGGACUCCACACACAUGAUGCUCACGGCGCUGCACUGCCUCAGGCAGGGUCUGACCUUCGUCUCGGUCCACGAUUGCUACUGGACUCACGCGGUCACCGUGGACGUCAUGAACCAGAUCUGUCGGCAGCAGUUCGUGGCUCUGCACAGUGAGAAGAUCCUGCAGGAUCUGUCGGAGUUCAUGCUGGAGAAGUACUGCAGCUCCAGCACAGAGCCCAGAGCCCCUUGGCAGACGAAACUGAUGGAGCAGCUGUCAAGUGUUCCCAGGACAGGUGAAUUCAACCUGCACAAGGUGAUGGAUUCCACCUAUUUCUUCAGCUGA